AUGACGCUCAAGAGACAGCCCGAUGUCGCGACAGAUGUGUACACUACACAGCUCGACCGGUUGGCUGCGAAGGUUCUCCGCUUGCACGAACUAUAUGAUCCCAGUAGCCGUGUUAUGAUUGCGAUAUCUGGUGUUCCGGGAUCAGGUAAAACGACGUUGGCAACAGCCUUGGCAGCAAAGCUCCAGAGUGCACAGCCUAAACAGAACUUUGUCGCCAUGGUCCCCAUGGAUGGAUUCCAUUUGUAUAGAUCGCAGCUAGCAGCAAUGCCCAAUCCAGCUGAAGCUAUCCAUCGUCGGGGCGCUGCGUUCACCUUCGAUUCGGAGCGGUUCCAUCGCCUGGUUCAAGUCCUCCGAGAACCAGUGACCGACGCCACACCCAACAUCUUCGCUCCGAGCUUCGACCAUGCCGUGAAGGAUCCUGUGGAAGACGACAUUUGCGUACCAAAAGAGGCUCGCGUCAUAGUCUUCGAGGGAUUGUAUCUGAGUCUUGACAGAGAGCCUUGGCGAUCAGCUGCGAGUCUAAUGGAUGAGUUGUGGUUUCUGAACAUUGAUCGCGAGUUGUCUCGGGCAAGACUGGUAGAGCGUCACGUUGCUUCAGGCAUUGUUCUGGAUCGCGCGGCUGCGGAGCAUCGCGUGUCUAGCACAGACAUGUUGAAUGCUGAUGAUAUCAUCCACCAUCGCCUGCCUGUACACGAAUAUAUCGAGUUCUGA